AUGUCAACGGAUGAGCACGAGGCGGUGAUUAUAGGCGCUGGGAUCGCUGAGCUCUCCGCGGCGCUGGGGCUGAAGAGAUCAGUUGGAAUAAAGAGUGUUGUUCUCGAGAGGUCGCCUGAAUUGAGAGCCGCCUGCACUGCUCCCUCGCUGUCGCCGGAUGCUUGGCGAGCUCUUGAUGCGCUUAGAAUUGGCGAUAAGCUCAGUGUAGCUUAUCGCCUCGCUAAGAGAGGUGAGACAGGAGUGAGGGGACUCCACCCUAAGGUGCUAUCAGUAAGAUUUUCUUCUAGGCUCGCUUCGUUUACGACCGAGAUCAUAAAGGAUUCAUCAGCUGUUGCUCUUCUUGAAUCAGAGGAUGGAACUUUAAUCAGAGCGGAGGCAGUGGUUGGGUGUGAUGGAGUGCGCUCUCUAGGCCCACAACGGCUGGGCCUAACUACGGCCAUUGAUUCGGCCCAAGCUACGGUCCGGCUCCAAAAGUUUGCCGACAAAGAGAAAAAGGAUAGAGUUCCUGCUCUCUACGAUACUGACGUUUCUUGGUCAACUACGCAUAAUACCUCCGAAGAAAAAGAAAGUGCGAUAGGACAUGCAGAAUCAAUCCAGACCACCGACCGCUCGGCCGUCUCCCUGGCCUCGGUCAAGUAUCAUGCUCAGUGGCAAAGCGGAAGGAAUUCGAUAGGGUCCCACAAAGGGCCCGUCGUACUCUCUCGCGACGCCGCCGCUCCCAAUGUGGAGAAAGGGGUCGAGAAGCGCGUGAAGAAGAGAUCACGGGCAGCUAGUUUGAAAUUUGGCGCAUAUUGGUCGGGUUGGGUUGAACAAGCUCCACGGGCUGGGCUUUUGGGCCGGGCUUUGGAUGCGAAGUGUAGCGAGCCAUGA